UCUCGCGCCUGCUGUGGGUCGCAUUUUCAAACGGCUUAAUUUGCUGUCAUUGAGAGCACGUCAUCGUUUGCCGUUGGAAUUGAACAGAUUCACUAGUACUUUUUUUUUUUUUAAAUUACGUUUAUUGAGAUUUAUUUGUGCACUAUUAAAAGAACGCGAGUUUCUCAGGCGAAGAUGGCCACACAUUUUCGGAUUGCUAAAACGGAUGAGAAUGACGCAGCCCGGGUUCAGGCGAAGAAAAUGUUGAAAGAACCGACACUUGGUAAACGAGCUGUGUUGGGAGAACUCGGUAAUAAAGUAUUGAAGAACAUUGAUAUCGGCAAAGGCAAAGAUGGAAUCGCAUUCAAGCAAACCGAUUCUUCUUUCAAACAUGUUAAAGCUCGCGUUGAUACGCACUGGAAGAAAAACGAUGGUACCGGUAAUGGGCAUCCUGUUGCAAAGCCAGUUACUCGCUCCGAUUCUUUGAAAAGCCUUAACAACGUAGGAGUGAACGUUGCGGUGAAGCAAUCCAACACGACUAAAACCACAGUCAGUGCAAAGCCAAAAAUUGUUCACGUUACCAAAGGUGCUGAGAUAAAAAAGGUGAAACUUGUAAAUCUGAAACGAGAAGAAAGUCGACUAUCUCGUCGUUCUUUAAACAAACUGAAAUUGAUUAGAAAACAAUCAGAUGCAUCAUCUACAACAUCUACUGAAAGUAGUUCACAAGAUGACGAUUCACAUGCUCAAGAGAAAUAUGAUUCGCCCGGAACGCACUCACACAAACUAUUGGAAGGUAUUGAAAACAUUGACAUUAAUGAUGCAUGGAAUCCAAUGUUAGUGUCGGAAUAUGUCAACGACAUUUACAAAUAUUUGAACGAUCUUGAGGAUGUUUUUGCUCUCAGAGAAAACUUCCUCGAAGGACAUAAGCAGAUCAAUCAUAAAAUGCGCACGAUUCUCAUUGAUUGGAUCAAUGAAGUUCAUUACCAGUUCAAACUCGAAAUUGACACAUAUCACAUGACUGUUUCCAUCAUCGAUAGAUAUUUACAGUUGGUUACCGACACUCAAAAGAAAGACCUGCAGCUGGUAGGAGUGACGGCCAUGUUCAUCGCUUCCAAGUACGAGGAACUGUUCCCGCCCGACAUCAGCGAUUUCGCGUACAUCACUGACGAUACGUACAAAAAGCGUCAAAUUCUCGAAAUGGAGAAAAAGAUUGUGAAAGUGUUGGAUUUUCAUCUCGGGAAACCAUUACCGACGCACUUUUUGAGACGUUUUUCGAAGGCUGCCAAAGCAGUCGAAAAGCAUCAUUUGGCUGCAAAAUAUCUCAUUGAGCUUGCCAGCGUCGACUACAGCACUGCUCACUUCAAGCCGUCUGAGAUUGCUGCUGCCGCUUUGUACAUAGCAUUGUAUCUAUUUCCACUUGCAAACAACGAGCAAAAAGUUUGGACAAAGACUUUAGAAUUCUACACCAAAUAUACUGUCGAUAAUUUGGUACCGAUCGUUCAACGAUUAGCGAAGCUGGUUAAGAACGUUCCCAAUAUGAAGGUGCAAGCCGUCUACUCCAAAUAUCAUUCUAGCAAGUUUGAAAAAAUUUCUACUCAGUCAGAGUUUCAAGGAUCCCUCAUGAAUAAUUUAGUAGAAGGUCAAUUGGUUCCAUAACCUGUAGGAAAUUUUUUUACUUGUUUAUUUAGGUAUUCUUUUAUUUGGAAGACGAGUGACCCAACACUGGUGGCUAAUAUCUUUUUUUAAAUUAGGCUUCACAAUCGGCCAUUCUAUGCGAUGAUUGUUGUGUCAAUAAGUGUAGUGUUUUUGAUUAGUGUUUAGAAGAUUUUUAUAAACCUACUAAUAUCAUUUUAGGCAAUGCCUUAAAAAUAUUUCAGUCCCUGAACAAAGAACCUGCUUCUUCGAAUGGAAAUGUUCUUCAGCGCAUAGAACGAUAAUAAACAUAUUUGACUGAUUAAUUGUAAUAUUUAGAUUGCGUUUGUUUCAUUGUUCAGCAAAACGACUGGGAUUUUAUGAAUGGAUCAAAUCAGGGACUAAUUCACCUUCAACACACUCAAUGAUUCGGUCUUUAGUAUCAUUUGUAUUCCCAGCUCACAUCACGUUGAUAUCAUCUGUAUCAUUCAAUUUAAUCAACUGAAAUUAUCCAUGUUUCCAUGCAUUUCGACAUUGCCACCGCUCAGAGCGCGCUUAUUCACUCAUUGGAUACAUCCCGUAAAAUUUUACUCGUUAAAUAAUCAACACUCCACCAACUUUCGUUCCUGUCUGAUGGGUCUCAUUCACAUGGCUAUGCUUUUAUUAUUUAAUGCGAACGCUUGGUGUUUCAUUCCUAUUCAUGAUCCAUAGUAUGACACUGUUGCCUUCGUUCCCGUGUCAUUGGUUUGUUUUGUUAUAUAGUUAAUAUGCACAUACAUACAGAAGCUGGCACCCAUUAUGGUCAUUAUCUCAUUUAAAAAUGUAGAUCUAAUUACGAGAUGUGCUUCACCUAAACCAGCAGAUUGUCGCAUCGCUCUGAAGUUUCAAUCGGUCACUUUAUCACUUGCUAUCGGUUAAGGAGGAACAGUAAAUGACCAAUUGGAGAAAAUCUCAAGUAGAGUGUGAAUGAUGUUGAAGAAAAAAGUUCUAUUGAAUGCGUGCUCAUAUGGCGGCUUAAAUCAAUUAGCUUCACUCGUAGACAGGGUACUGUCAUAGCCACAAUGUAUCGGAACGAAAUGUCGCGGAGUUCAUCUUAAGAACUUCUGUUCAGUGAAUAAUCAUCAUAAGCUUGGAAAAACUAGGAUUUAUUACAGGCUGGACAAUGAAGCAGCUGUAAUUAUAAUCGAUUAGCUUCGCCUAUCAUCCCAAUAUCAGUAGCACGAAGCAAUCGAAAACGAACGGACCAUGAGCCCGCCAACAGGAAAAAUGGGAAUGUAUUCUUGGACGUGAAUUUUCGUUUUCGAUGGAUUUGUGCUACACAUGACCGUGAACUGAAGGGUGGUGUAUCAAUUAUCACAUCUUCUAUAAGCUAGCGAUAUUUUCAGAAACGAAGAAUCGCGAGUUCUAUGGGUCAUUCGGUUGAUCUAAGAACGAAAUUUAUUCAUCACAUCAACACGUGAUAUUUGUUUUGUUUUUGAUUUUUUUAUAAAUAAAAACUGUUAUGUCAAUUCCAAUUUAAAUAAUUUCGCUAAACUAAGAGCACAUAUUGUAAACGAAUAAUGUCCUGUUACGGUUGCGCCAUGUGAAAAACAAUGUUGUUCAAACCGACGAGCUUAGAUUUUUCGUCUUUAAACAAAAAUACACUAUCCAUUGCAAACUCAUCAAGACCAUCUGAUGAAAGACGAUAAGCGUAAACUAAUCGGUUUUCAACUUCGAUCUUCGCCAACACCACUAAAAAGGACUUCAAAUCUCUACCUUUUUGACAUCUAUUUAUUAAUGUAAGCAUAGUUGAACAUAUAAUGGAAUAUUAUAGAGAUGUGCAGAAGUGCACCAAAUACGAUGGAUUAAAAAAAUAUCUCCGCAGGUAUUUAAUAGUCUUCCAUCUUCCUAAAUCAUUUCAUGAUUUAACGUUUACUGUAAUAUGUAAAACUGAAUGUUAGUAGUUUAUUACACUAUUCACCUCAGCAACAACGAUAAUAGGCACGAUCAUCAUGGCAGUUGAAUGAUUUCAAAGGUGUCACAAGUUGAUUACUUUCGUUGUAUAAAGAUUACCGAAUGGCGGGGAACUUUCACAAAUAUCAAAUAAUCUUUGAUGCGAGGAAAUUUGAAAUUAAAGGUAAUACAUCAGAAGCGAUUGAAUAAUUGAGCUUGGAAGAAGCUGUAAGAUGCUGUUGACAAAAUUCGACUUAUCAAACAGUCUGUAAUUACUAGAUGUUUAAGGGAAGGUCUUAUAAUAAAACAGUAUGAAUUUGAAGUGACAUAAGGAUAAAAACUAUACAGUUCAUUAGCAUGAUCGUAUAAAGUAAAGUGAAUACUUGUACCCCGCAUAGAUAUAAGAAUCCUUGAGAGUGAGUAAAUAAACGUGAAAAUUAGGUUGUAUAAGCUA